CGUAGUCUUUAGUUCUUUAAGAAUUGUUUGUUUAUUUAUUUGUGUGCGUGCGUGUAUGUGUUAGUUACUAGAGUGCUUGUGUCAAAUGUUGCAAAAAAGAAAAGAUACUGACACAACCAUAGGCCAUAGAAAUUAAUUAAAUAAUGGUCGUGAAGCAGUGUGUCUCAGCAAAGAUAAUCCUUUUUUAAGAAAUUAAAAGAAAAAAAUUAUAAAAUAUAUGCAAAAUCCAAAGCCGUUUUCAAAUAAAUGAAUAUGAUUUUUAUAUAAGCCAAUGUAUUGAAUAUUAAUAUUGUUAGUGACUGACUUUAAAAUGACAGUUUAGUGAAAAUUAAAUGUGAACAAAAAAGAAAAUUUUGUAAAGUGUGUGUGAGUGCUUUUUGGGAAACUUGUAUCAUAGCUGAUGCUGUUGCUGCACCUGCGGUAGUAUUGGCUUCGAACAUUCAUCCAGCCAAUCUAUUCACCUUACCCAAUAAUAAUUACAUUACUGUGGGCUUCCCAUAUCUCCAACGCCACCAUCACCACCAACCCCAUCCAUCAUCAUCCCUCAUAUUAGGGUAUGGUUGAGAUGAAGUAAUCCUGUUAUUGACCUAUAUAUGUGUGAGUACAUUGUGCCGCCAUUGCUAACGAGGUCCUUUUGUACGGUUUCUUUCUACGUAUCCCUUUGAGGCUGGGAGCGCUUACCGAAAAGACUCCCGUAAGGCAGUUCUACAAUAGCGAAAAAAGAACAACAAACAAAAAAAAAAAAUAAUGUGAUGCAAUUGUGUGGGCAAUUAUUAAGCCAAAAAAGCAACAGCGGCUAAAUGGGAAUAGGCCAAAGGAGAAAACAAACCAAUACAUACAUAUAUACAUGCCAGCACACAACACAAUAUCAACAACAAUGCGUAUCUUAAUAUGGCUGUCAACGAACUUUUAUGUGCUGGAAUUUACUUAGCACUCUUAUAUAUAACAUUUCAAAAUCUGAACAUACGAUCCUAGAGUAGCAGUGUGGAGCAGAGUACCUAGCCCACUAGACCAACCAAACAACCCACCAACAAUAAGAACCCCGAAUUAUAAAAUAAGUAGUAAAUAACUCUCUAUAUAAAAACUAUUGAAUUUCGAAAUUUAUUUCUACACGUCACAUCAAGCAUUGCGGCCAAAACAAAAAUGGCAGUGGAAUAUGGAUGGUGGCUGGUGUACUGUUUGACAGGGGUUUUGUUGCUUUAUUGCCUUUUUGAACUUCAUUACUUCCUACGUAUGUGCCUAUGUGUGUUUUUGGCUCGCUUUGUCAAAAGAAAAUGCCACAUCCUUGAGACGACGAGUGUUUCCGGCAUUUGUUUAACAAACGACAUCGACACUCUUCUCUAUCAUAUGAACAAUGCCCGCUAUUUAAGAGAAUUGGAUUUUGCGCGAGUGGAUUUCUAUGAACGCACCAAUUUAUAUCGUACAAUUGUGGGCAAAGGUGGUUCCGUAUUUCAGGGUGCAGCCACAGUCAGAUAUCGUCGUUUCAUACGACCAUUCUGUACAUUCCGAAUAACUUCCAAGAUCAUUUACUGGGAUGAUCAAUCCGUCUAUAUGGAACAUCGUUUCAUUAGACCCUCAGACCAAUUUAUCCAUUGCAUAGCCAUAUGUCGACAGCGCAUUGUAGACUGCUCAGCAGAGGAUGUAAUGAACGAAUUAUUGUCUCCCAAAACAGCGCAACUGCAAGCCUCUCGUAAUACUUUAAGCUCUACGGUUAGUCUCGAUCAUGCCAUCGCCAGCACGAACGUGGAUCAGGAUAUGGCGGAAAAUGGCCAAGUGAGAACAAAGGUGAAACCAGAUCUGCCGCCAGAGAUCCUGAAGUGGAUUGAGUACAAUGAUAUUUCGAGCAAGAAUUUAAGACAAAAUUCCUGAUUACCUGUGGUAUACAUUUUAGGUUUAUCCACCAUCAAUUGAUGUCUACUAAUUUUGUUGUUUUGUUUUUAUACUCGUAUGGAUUUUGGAUUUUUUGUAUGCUCUAGUACAAGUAUUAAAAAUACAAAUUGUUUUAGUUGUGUUAUUCAUGUACAAUCUGUCUAUACACAUACAUACAUUGC